UAGAAUAUGGCAGACUACGGUCAUUCGAAUUAAAGUGAUACACAAUGACACUCAGUAGAAUUAUAAACAGCAAUGUACGGUAUUAAAUGUACGUUGUACAGCUGAAAAUAUAAAUCAAUUGAUCGUAAUGCCGCGGUAGUUAUCGGCUUCCUUAGAUCUGACAAUUGAAAGGGAGAAAGCCUGGCAAAAAAAAGGCUUUUGCCGCGCGGUGAGGAGUGUGUGUGGUUGUAAAACCGUGGCGGGGCUCUGCGUGGUCUUGCGAAUGGCCGACGAGAGUCAGGGAAGGAUGAAGGAUAACAAUCAAGACUAAUAUUCGGCGGGUGAGAAAGCCAAGGUAUGUCGUAGACGAGAGAUCAUCAAGGUGUAACCUUGACUAUCAGGGCAGAAAAUGUCGGAACCCGAAGAGAAUUUGGCAAUGCCGGACAGUACGACUAGAGAACAACGUCUUGGAUUUUCUCAUGGUGAAGAUGUUCUUCUCCAACGGAAAGAUGGCAAAUAUUAUCUUGGAACCAUUGUCGAGGUUGACUUGGCCAGAGAGAGAUGUUUGGUCAAGUUUUUGGAUGAUACAUCAUCAUGGUCUUCUGUUAAGGAGCUUACUAAGCUGGCUAUGGCUGACUCUGAUGUCAUGUGUGUACUAUGUAAAAAGUCUGAUCGGAAUAAUGACAAUGAAGUUGUUGUUUGUGACAAAUGUGGUAGAGGUUACCAUCAACAUUGUCACCAACCUGCAGUGUCAAAAGAGGAUGCAGCAUCUGAUUCACAUUGGAAGUGUAAAAGAUGUUUUGAAACCCCGUUGAGAACACGAGACUCUGGAGAUCCAAAGAAUUCUAUGAUAAAAGCAAAUAUUAGAAGGGUUUGCAGUGGUAGAGAUCAACCUCAACCACCUCCUGAAGACAUGACAAAGUUGCCGUAUGAUCCCGAAAUGUUGAAUUGGGAUAUUUAUCAUCGAGUCAAUGCAGAACAAAUUUAUUGUUAUUGUGGGUUAAACGGUGAGUGGUAUACACAAAUGUUACAAUGUGCUAGAUGUAAACAAUGGUUUCACGAAAAGUGCGUCAGCUGUUUGACACAUCCUCUUUACAGCGGAGACGGAUUCUAUGUAUUUGUCUGUUCAACGUGCAAUUACGGCAAGGAAUUUGUACGGCGGCUCGAAUUGAGAUGGGUGGACUUGGUGCACCUGAUGUUGUACAACUUGACCGUUUAUAAUGCUAAGAAAUACUACGACUUGGAUACAGUUAUACUUCCGUAUGCAAAUGAAAAUUGGCAUUUGUUACAACUACCUCGAAGGAUUCGUGAUGUUAGUGCUCAAGAACGCAAAGAAACGAUCUUAUCAAUUUUAACCAAUAACAGGAAUCGAUUCAAAUGUGGUCGUGAGAUCAAAAAGCGUACAACAAUUUGGGGUCUAAGGACACGGUUACCACCAGCUUGUCCACUUGUAGAUUUACCACCGACUGGAGUAGUUGAUGAUUCCGUUUUACCAAGAUAUUGGGGCAUUAAUAAAAGAGUUUUGUUAUAUCUUCCACCAACUCCAGGACCCGCAUUUUCCGAUAAUGCGAAACCAAUAAAUACAUCGAAACAGAAUCCAGAAACAGAUAAUGUAGAAAUAUCUGUAAAUCCUUCAGAUGUGGUUAUGAGAGGUACAGUUUAUCCAACACCUGAAGCUAGUUUGAGCACGUGUCCAAGUCCAAGUCCACAAAAUCAAACUACAGAAUCCCUUCGUGAGAGGUACAGUGGUGGUGGAUUUGUUAAAAAAUCAUUUCCGUUUCCUAAACUCAGCUUGCAAAGACGUCGGCGGUUAAUGGCACUUGGUAGUUCACGAGAGCGUAUGUUGCGGAAGCAGAAAAAAAGAGAAAAAGGCUGUGCAGAUAACUUGUUAUCAAAAACUCAAGGAGUUCGUGAAGCGAGAUAUAGAAAAGCCAGAAAGUUACUAAAAAAUGCCAUUGCUAAAAGUAAAUCACGUACUCCAGAAGUAACAGAUUUACCACCAACGCCGCCAACUUCAGUGUCUGGUCCGCCAACACCACCUGCAACAACAUCAGCUAUUAGUGAACUUUCAGUACCAAGUUCGGUAGAUUUAAUGCACCCACUGCCACCGUCAACUCCAGCUGAUACAAGCGGAGAUGAAACUAGUUCUCGAGGAACCUUAGACUCUUUCAUUCCACCGCCAAAAGAUUUUGAAGGCAAGAAUAAUCCUUUCCGUAAUUUGAGCGAGUUACUUGGUACACCUUGCAGUGUAGGUCCAGGGACGUCAAGUACUCCUCUUCCAUAUAAUCAGUGUCCAAUUACUCUUCCUCUUCCUCUGACUCCCGUGAUAUCGCAGCCACCCAUUGUGCGGCCUGCUAAGCGUCAACUUUCCGAAAAAGAUAUUAUUAUUGAUAGGAACGGACAAGUUAAGAGACGAAGACAACACAGAAGAGGUCGUCCACCUCAACAGCAACAACAGCAGCAGCAGCAACAACAACAACAGCAACAGUCGACUCAAUUUCAGCCAACAGCAAGCAAGACUGCUACGAUAUUGCCCGCACGUAGUAAUGAAGUUAAAAGUGAUUUUGUAAGAAAUUUAAGAAGCUCAUUCAACAGUUCGUCGAGUAGUACUACCAGUCAAAUUGGUAACUGUGUGGAUUACGCGUUAAAUGGUAGAAGAUUAAGACAACGUCAAAGUAAUGACAAAACAGUGACUCCAGACGUGCAACCGCAAAAGAAUCGCAGUAUGCCUGUAUCGCCCAAGUGUUCUCCAGUAAAACAAACUACCCCAGAUAUAUCCAUGGACGACUUAAAGUCCUCGGUUAAUAUGUACUUUGGUGCAGCAAAUAGAAUAGCUUCUGGUGAAAAAUUUGUAGUGAGAGCCAAGAGGAUAGGAGCUAAUGGUCAACUGCAGUAUCUUAUUGAAUGGGAAGGACCGAAAACAUAACGGUAAAGCAUAAUUUUUCGAUUCAUGCCUUAUUACAGGCUUAAUUGUGCUACGAUUAAGUUUCAAUUGUUGGUAACAACUAUUAUUUUCCUUUUAUGCAUUAGGAAUUAGGAAAUUUUUGACCCGCGCCAUAGUCACUGUCGUUUCAUAUAAUCAACGAUUCUCGAUGCCAGUGUAUAUUUUACUUUGCAACGUGAGAAUAUUUUUGUACUACUGUCAGUAAUUUUCCUUUUUAUUGGAUCAUCAGAUUAAAUUUCUUUUUAUCAAGAGUUUCUCAAAUUCACUCGCGCCGUCCACUUAUACAAGUGAUGAAACUUAAAUUUUUAAAUGUUAAAAAUAGAUAUUUUUUUCGCGAAAAUAUUUCACGUUGAAUUGGAAAUUGUAAAUAAUUAUCUGUAAGUAUAUCAAAAAAACGUCAGUGAAUGUGUGACGCGCGUGUAGAAAUUCAGAUUAAAAAAAUCCAUAUCUCAUUGAUGAUCUUUCUACUGCAAUAAGGAAAAAUCAACAAAUUAUUGUGUUAUCAAGAUUUUUUUGUAAAAAAAAAAACAGGAAAAAAUGAAAAAAUAAAAAUGCAACAAAAAUUAUUUUUCAAUACAAUAAUUAAGUUUACUCUCAGAAUGUCUUCUCCUAAACAGUUAACAUCAAAUUAUUCUCAUAUGAAUACAAUUUUGCUUAAGAUAUCCAUCAAAUUACAACAAAGUAUGUACUUUGUUUGAAUCAAAAAAACAACUUAUAAUCCAGUAAAAGAACUAAUAGUAUUGCUCAUUAAUGUUAACUGAAGAGGAAAUAUAGAACUAAUUUUGUGUAUAAUCGAAUAAUCAAUGAUUUUCAAUCAUCAUAAUUAAUAGCAUCAUUAAAAUAUCUGAUAAAAAUUUGCAUUUAAAUAUAUUUAAUUUUUGACUGAAGAGAAUUAGUGGAGGUUGUACAAAAACAAAAAAAAUGAGAGACAGAUUCGUAUAUUUUUAAUGAUAUAAUUAAUCAACAAAAAAUUUGCAAGAAUCAAGAGAAGAAAAGUAAAGUAAUAAUUAAUCAUUGAUAAAUUCAUAAUUUGGUUACUGAUCUUUCUCAAGUUUCAAAUGAAAAAAUAGAGCAAACUGAAAAUUGAGACAGUAGAAGGUCUUUUGCAAAAUCUUACUUGAUAAAAAGAGCUUAUUAGGCAAUUUAGAAAUAUUUUUAUUUUUUUUAAACGUUGUUAGUACUAUAAAUUGUGAGCUGACAUGAAUGGAAAUUAUCUUCGAUAAUAAGUUUCGAUAAUUGUUACAAAACUUAAUUAUAUAAAUUCUCCAAUUAUAUGUAAACCGAAGUACGUAAUUAAGCCAUAUAAGUUGUUUAGAUAAAGUACAUUUUAAUACAGAGAUUCACUUAAUGUAAAAGAUUUUAAUAAUUGUGUUUAUUAUUACUUUUUUUGAUUUAGUUUCAUUGUAAUUAUUGAGUAAAAUAUCUCUUUUUAAAAAUCAUCCGAAAUCAUCAUACAUACCAUAUUUAUUUCACAUACCGCUUUAGAUAACCAUAGUAAUGACAGACAUUGUUAGUUCAAUUAAUUUGUAAUAUUUUUAUAACCGAAAAUAUUUGUUGUGGUUCAGACAUAUUAAGACUGGAAAUUUAUUAUUAUUCUCACAAACUUGUUAAUAUUUUUUAUUUUAUUUGCGAUGAAAGAUUUCUUUUCUAGAUUAAACAUUAAUAGCAAAGACAUUUCUGAAAAUUUCACCAAAUUUUUUGUGUUGAACAAUUGUUUCAACCUAGUUUUUAAUUAUGAAUGAUUUUUAAAUGAAAAACUGUUGAAUUAUUUAAGUCCAAGCCAUGUUAAUAACAAUUUUCAAUUGAGCAUGAUUAUAUUAUUAGUUGCCUUUUUAAGCGAUUUUUGCUAUUAAGUUAUAUUUUCAUUUUAAUAGAAAAUCUAUAAUUCAAUCAUUUUUAACCACACGGUGGUUGGAAAAAUAGUACUUUAUUUAAAUUACAUAACAAUGAACAAAUAUUAAAUUCUAGAUAAUAUUCAAAUGAAAAGAAAAGAACACUGCCAAACAUUAUUAAUUUAUGUUUGAACAAAGAUAUUUAGCUACUGCUUCGCUGUAAUGUUUUUAUUAAAUAGCAUGAAAAGUCUUGUGUUCAAAUCAAUACAAUAAGUUUGUUACUAUUAUUAUUAAUAUUAUUGAUUUUUAAAAUUUUUUUCUCGAAAGGUCAACAGGUUGAAUUCAAUCAAAACCUAUUCGCCUUUCAUUUCAGAACACCAAUCACUCCGCAUUCUCCCUAUUUGUAUUAAUUGUAAUGUGUGUCAAGUGGAAGGGGUUAUUGUAAAGCAUCUAAUGGAAGUAAUGAUAACAAAUGUAAUAGUGAAAUACUUUUUACUAUUGUUAUGUUCGAUGUACUGAUUGAUUAUAAUUAAUUGGUCUUAAUUGUGAAACAAAAAUGGUCAUGAAAGUUAGGAAAGAACGAAUUAUUGCCAGUAUCGUAUGUAAAUAUUCAUUUUUGUAGAUAAAUAAUAUAGAAAUACAUUAUUGUAAAUGUAUGUCUGUGGCAUCAUGUGAGAUUUGAGGUGAGAUUACAUGAAAUUGUUGUAACGAAUUAGAUAUGAAAAAAAAAAAUGAUUCAAUAAAAAUUUAAAAAAAAUAAAUAAACGUAAAAUUAUAGUGAGAAAGAUCUUGAGAGUUUUAAAUGCUUAUAGCAGUGUUUUGUUCAUUAGAAAAAAAACUCUAACUACCCACCGAUUGUUAGUAAAAACAAUGAAUUUCAAUGGUUAAUAAUUAUAAUUUUUUUACAUAAGAUCUAGAAUAAUAAUAAUAUCAAUGAAAAUGGAUUAUGCAAUUCACCUCAAGUCGUAUCAGAUGUUGAAAAUAUUCCAAUAUUUCAAAAAUAAAUUUUUGUGUGAUAACCAAAAGUGUAUUAACGAAUUCCUAAUCAUUUUAGAUCUGAAUGGAAUAAUUGAUUUAUAAUAAAUGUUACAUAAAAAUGUCCAACAAUUGAUCUAAAAAUUUUUGGUUACAAAAUUUUUAUUUUAUACAAAACAAUAUUAUGGAAAAAAUUUUAUAACGCAAUGAUGUAAGCAUUAUGUUAUUAUAUCCAAGUGGAUAAAUUUAAUUAUUGUUUAAUAAUUAAUUAUUGCCACAUAAUUGGUGUAGUUUAUUUUCAAGACAUUAUUUGCAAUGAGCGAUUAUUAAAAGUAGGACUUUUAAAAUAGGCAUUUUAAUCACAAGAAAAUUGCUUGAGGUAAUUGAGUUGCUUCGUUUUUAUUGUUGUUUUAUUUAGUUUUUAAAAGAGACUGAUAUGUAGACGUUUUUCAAUCUCAUUAUUUUUCGUUUGGAGAAAAGGUCACUCUAUUUUAUUUCAAAAAUGAACUAUUUGAUUUGAUUUUAUGUCAAGUCCAAGAAAACGUACUAUUAAUGAAUUUUUUCUUCCAAAUAAUUACUUGAAAAUGUUUAUAUUGAAAAAUGCCAAUGAGUUAAAAAAGUCUCCAUCGUUGCAUGUUUAUACAUUAAUAAUAGUAAUCAAUCUAAACAAUGUUUUCAAUUGUCGCUCGCAUUAUAUGUAUAUAUCAUCGUUGGAUAAAUACAUUAAAGUAAUACAUUCGCAAUUACAUAAACAAUUUGUUGAGUAAAAUGCAUGAAUGAAUGAGUGAUGAUCAGAGUGGAGUAUAAAGAAGUAGGAAUCUUUUCCUACCAACUUAUUUUAUUUAGAAUACUGACGAAAUGUGGAUGAAGAUAUCCUGCGCAAAUGUUUAGAAUCAUAUAGUUUAUAUAAUCUUUUUUUCAUGUACUCUCAACUAUGCCUUUAUAUCCAAUAAAGGUCUGUAUUAAGUUAUAGAAUAUUUCGACUUUGGUACAAUCUGCUCUAUAAUAUACGAAUUAACACCACUUAACGGGAUAUUAAAAUGUCUUAUGAUUAAGAAGAUUGGUGUGAUGAUUGUAAAGUAUACGUACAGUUUUCAGAUGAUAAUAAAUACAAAAGCUAUCAUUCCAA